AUGAGUCGAAUGGGUUUUAAUGAUAAGUUUGUCCGCAUUGUUUAUGGGUGUUUGUCUUCUGUUCAGUAUAAAAUUGUUACAGGAGGCAGGGUGCUGGGACCGAUUACACCAACUAGGGGAAUUUGUCAAGGCGAUCCGAUCUCCCCUUACCUCUUCUUGCUAUGUGCUGAGGGUUUAUCAGCGUUGAUUCGAAGGUUUGAAGAGAGGAAAUGGCUUCAUGGGUGUCGUGUUGCCAAUGGGGCUCCAGUUAUCUCUCACAUGCUUUUUGUAGACGACAGCUACUUAUAUUGUAAAGCCACUGAGAGGGAGGUUUCAAAUGUUCUUCUUCUCCUCGAAACAUUUGCCAAGGCUUCGGGUCAACUAGUUAACUUCUCUAAAUCCUCAGUUUUCUUUAGCUCAAACACGUCCCCACAAACAAGAGGAGUUAUUUGUAGCCGAAUGGGUCUUGUUGAAGCUGAUGAAAGGAGCAAAUACUUAGGUUUACCUAGUGUAAUUGGAAGGAAUAAAAAUGCAUCUUUUGGCUUUCUAAAAGAUAAAGUUCAGAAGAGGAUUCGGACUUGGGAUAAUAAGUUCUUGUCAAAAGCGGGUAAGGAGGUGCUCAUUAAAAGUGUAGUUCAAUCGCUACCGACUUAUACUAUGAAUGUGUUUCUAUUACCCAUUGGUACUUGCCAUGACAUGAGAGGAUCAUUAGCAAUUUUUGGUGGCAGUCUUCUAACAAAGGGGGUGUUCAUUGGUUGA